UCCGUAAAUAUAUCUCUGUCGCUCUCUCUCCUCUUUGUUGUGCUGUGCCCAUUAUUCCUCAGUCUUCAAUUCCUCUCUGUCUUUUGUUUCGGUGACCCCUUCACCCCAUCUCUCCUUCCUCAAGGGGUCGUCCUCUCUGUCUCUCUGAAAUUGAAAACCCAGAAACCAAAACCGAUACCCAGAAAAACCCAGAAUCAAAAAGAUGUCGGAGAUGGCACAGACAGAUCCAGAAGGAAUCGACGGAGUACGCAUGACCUGGAACGCCUGGCCUCGCACCAAAGUCGAAUCCAGCAAGUGCGUCAUCCCAAUCGCCGCCUCAAUCUCCCCGAUCCGCCCCCACCCCGACGUCCCCACUCUGCCCUACUCCCCCCUCCGCUGCAAAACCUGCUCCGCCGUCCUCAACCCCUUCUCCCGCGUCGACUUUGCCGCCUUAAUCUGGAUCUGCCCCUUCUGCUUCCAACGCAACCACUUCCCCCACCACUACUCCGCCAUUUCCGACACCAAUGUCCCCGCCGAACUCUACCCCCAAUACACCUCCAUCGACUACUCUCUCCCCGCUGGCCCUUAUUCAACUUCUCAGCCUCCGGUGUUCGUGUUCGUGCUUGAUACUUGUGUGAUCGAGGAGGAAUUGGGUUUUGCGAAAUCGGCAUUGAAACAAGCGAUCGGGUUGUUACCGGACAAUUCGCUUGUUGGGUUUGUUUCGUUUGGGACUCAGGUUCAGGUUCAUGAAUUGGGUUUUUCGGAUAUGUCCAAGGUUUAUGUGUUUCGGGGUUCGAAGGAAUUGUCGAAAGAUCAGGUUUUGGAUCAAUUGGGGCUCGGAUUGGCUGGUCGGAGGACUGGUCCUGGGAUUCAGAAGGGGGGAUUGGCGGUUUCGGGGGUUACGAAGUUUUUGUUGCCGGCUUCGGAAUGUGAAUACAUGCUAAAUUCGCUUUUGGAUGAGUUAGGUACAGAUCAGUGGCCUGUGCCACCCGGUAAUCGGGCAUUUAGGUGCACGGGAGUGGCAUUGAGCAUUGCGGCGGGUUUGCUUGGAGCUUGUUCAGCUGGCACUCCUGCUAGAAUUGUAGGUUUGGUGGGCGGUCCAUGCACGGAAGGGCCGGGUGCGAUUGUAUCAAAAGAUAUGUCGGAUCCAGUGCGUUCCCAUAAAGAUCUCGAUAAGGAUGCAGCUCCAUAUUUUAAAAAAGCAGUUCAAUUUUAUGAGGAACUUGCAAAGCAGCUGGUCAGCCAGGGUCAUGUCUUAGACCUUUUUGCUUCUGCACUUGAUCAGGUUGGUGUUGCAGAAAUGAAGGUUGUUAUUGAAAGAACUGGUGGCCUUGUCGUUCUAUCUGAAAGUUUUGGUCAUCCUGUUUUCAAAGACUCUUUCAAGCGUGUUUUUGAAGAUGGGGAACAGUCUCUUGGUCUCUCCUUCAAUGGAACACUUGAGAUCAACUGUUCUAAAGAUAUCAAAAUUCAGGGCAUCAUUGGACCUUGCACAACAUUAGAGAAGAAAGGGCCUGCUGUUGCAAAUACAGUCAUUGGACAGGGGAACACUACAGCCUGGAAGUUGUGCAGCCUCGACAAAAGCACCUGCUUGACUGUUUUCUUUGAUAUUUCAUCUAGUGAAAAGUCAGAACCUGCAGGAAAUUUAAAUACAAUGUUGUAUAUACAGAUCCUAACAAGUUACCAAAGUCCUGAUGGUCAAACAAGGAUGCGAGUUACAACCAUUAGUAGAAGAUGGAUAGAUAGUGCUGUUGGCUCAGAGGAAUUAGUACAGGGAUUUGAUCAGGAGACCGCUGCUGUAGUGAUGGCAAGAUUAGCUUCUUCUAAAAUGGAGAUGGAGGAAGGGUUCGAUGCCACACGGUGGUUGGAUAGGAACCUUAUUCGUCUCUGUUCGAAAUUCGGUGACUACCGGAAGGAUGAUCCAACAUCUUUUACAUUAAACCCGUGUUUUUCAUUGUUCCCUCAGUUUAUGUUCAACCUGCGGCGGUCGCAAUUUGUGCAGGUUUUUAACAAUAGUCCAGAUGAGACAGCCUAUUUUCGCAUGUUGUUAAACAGGGAGAAUAUAACAAAUGCUGCUGUCAUGAUUCAACCAUCACUAAUAUCAUAUUCGUUCAAUUCGCUGCCCACACCAGCUUUGCUGGAUGUGGCUUCCAUAUCAGCUGAUCGUAUCCUCUUGCUGGAUUCUUAUUUCAGUGUAGUUAUUUUCCAUGGGAUGACAAUAGCUCAGUGGCGAAGCAUGGGUUACCAGAGUCAGGCUGAACACCAGGCAUUUGCACAGUUAUUGCAAGCUCCUCAGGAUGAUGCUCAAAUGAUCAUCCGGGAACGUUUUCCUGUCCCAAGAUUGGUCAUCUGUGAUCAACACGGUUCCCAGGCAAGAUUCUUAUUAGCAAAGUUGAACCCAUCAGCUACGUAUAGUAAUGCUCAUGAAAUGGCAGCUGGGAUGGAAAUGAUCUUCACAGACGAUGUCAGUCUUCAAGUGUUCUUCGAGCAUCUGCAGAGGCUGGCUGUGCAACCUUCUUGAUACCACAAAAAGAGUUGGGAGAUUUAUUGUUCAUAUCAUACAUAGGUUCUUUGUAAUGUGAAAUUCUAUCGGGAUCUAAGCCUUUCUUUUCCAUUGUUUCAUGAGAUGAGGUCGGACUGUAACAUUUAUUCAAACAGUAAGGAAAGCACAUAUCGUUGAAAGAAGAAUAAGGGACACAAGGUCUGUUGAAUUCUGAGUUAUGGAAAGAAAGGAUGAGAAUGGUAGUUGAAGGGCAAUCAUGCUCCAGAAGCAACAGCAGCAAGGUUAGUCAGCAAGAUUUUAGUUUUGAUUUUUCCCCAUUAUAUUUCUUUGUGUAAGUCACACUCAGGUUAGAAGACUUUCUGUGUAUCGGAAUUUUAAGUUUAUAUACUGGAUAGAGCCUAGGGUUCUAGAUUGGAAAGUUUUAGAAACUUGCUUAUUGUGUGUUUUUAUUUUUUCUGUUCUGAAAUAUAUUACCAAGUCAGCCCUUCCCAUUUGUGUCU